UCACAUCGAGUUCCCCGCGCCCACUGUGCUUACACGCCGAAAGAGAGCGCGAUAAAUAUCGGGCCGAAGAGGGGAAGAGAGAAGGGAAGAGAAAUUAGGGUUUUCUUUCGUCUCUCGAGAGUUAGGGUUAGGGUUCUCCUCGAUCGUCCAUAUUCCUCCUCUGCUCCAUGGCGAACUGGAGCGGCCGAUCGAAGGGGACGGUGAAGUGGUUCAACGGGACGAAAGGUUUUGGCUUCAUCACCCCGGACGACGGUGGCGAGGACCUCUUCGUCCACCAGUCCUCGAUCAAGGCGGAGGGCUACCGCACCCUCACCGAGGGAGAGCCCGUGGAGUUCACCAUCGCCGAGGGCGAGGGCGGCCGCACCAAGGCCGUCGAUGUUACUGGCCCCGAUGGAUCCAGCGUCCAGGGCAGCAGCGGUGGCCGGAGGGAUGGUUAUGGUGGUGGAGGCAGCCGCAGCGGCGCUACCCGUGGAGGGUAUGGGUUCAACGGUGGGGGCAGCGGCGGUGGUGGGAGAGGAGGGGGUGCGAGAGGCGGUGGCUGGGGUUACGGAGGCGGUGGUGCCUGCUAUAACUGUGGUGAGACUGGUCACAUCGCUAGGGAUUGCUACCAAGGAGGCGGAGGCGGUGGGAGGUACGGCGGCGGUGGCGGUGGGAGUUACGGCGGUGGGGGGAGUUACGGCGGAGGUGGCGGCGGCGGCGGCGGCGGCGGCGGAUCCUGCUAUGCCUGCGGCGAAAUGGGCCACUUCGCUAGGGAAUGCCCUAACGCGAAGUGAGAUCUACGGUCGCUAAUCCUUCCUUCCCGUUUUAGCCUUUUAUUUUUGAUCUUUUUUCCCAUCUAUUAAUAUAUGUGUUCUGGGUUGGCAGGGUUGCUAAUGAUGGGAUUUUAUCUUCUUUUUUUUUUGCCCCCACAUUUCUUUCCUUUUUAGAAAAGGGUUCUGGAAAUGGUUUUCCUUUUUUUGUGUUUUGCUUUGGUUUCAAUAGAUUGUGGCUUUAUUGAGCUUUUGUGUUGGUGUUCGAGGGAAAACAGAAAUCAAAUGGUCAAUGUAUACACUCUUUGAGUGUCUAUCUCUUCCACCUCUCUCUCUUUCUGUCUCUCAAUACCCACGAAUGCCUUCUGUUUAAUUGUUUUGUUUCGUGUAGUUUGAUCUUUGAUGUAUCACAUCUUCGUAAUCUGCUGGUAUUUUGUUUUUGUCACUAUCAAUUUAUCCUUUUCUUUCUUGUUUUUUAUGUCUCAUCUGGUGUAAAUUUUGCACAGAAAGAAUUCCCCCUUUUUU